AUGCAGAAGAAAGUCCUUGUGAUCAGUAUUGUAUUGGCGCUCGCUGUUAUCGUUGCAGUUAUCGUGGUCGCUGUGACGGUGUCCAGCUCACAAACCUCUACUAUAGCUAGUGAUGGUGGCAAUGAACAUUCAGACGCCAUAGUAAAGCCACGCGAAAAAGACAAACUGCGUACUUUUGAAAGCGAAAACUCAAGUGGGUCACAAGAUGAGGAUGAAGAGACUACGGAUCCAUUGACAGAGACGUAUUCAGUAUCAGCUCUUGCGAUCGGAGACUGGGGUCGCACGAUUGCUAAAGAUGGCGGCUCUUGUUGUGCGCGUCGCAAAUCCUUUACUGUGCUGGACUACAACGCGAUGGAGUAUGUGGCUAUUCUGUUGGGUCAGGCCGCUGCAGCACUACAACCUCGUCCUUCCGUUGUGAUCGGCCAUGGUGACAACUUUUACUGGGACGGAUUGCACGGCGUGACAGAUCAAGCCUAUCGAUUUCAACAGACAUUUGAGGACAAGUACAAUGCGCCGAGCUUGACUGGAAUUCCCUGGGUGAAUGUUAUGGGCAAUCAUGACUAUGGAGGCGCGAGCUAUGUGUGCACAGACGGAGAGAUGGCCGUAGAGUGUGGAUCGACGUCCGAAUUGCUGGCAUCGCUAGACCAAAAGUUUGCUUUGCAGUCACAAUACGUGAGUCCACAGGAUAAUCGAUGGAUCAUGCCCGAUCAUUUCUUCGUGCACUCGAUUGCUGAUCCUAUAUCAAACGUGACAAUCGACAUCUUCAAUCUUGACACGAACGACGCAGACUCACAUGGCGCUCAGCAAAUUUGUUGCCAGUGCUACGGGUACUCUGGCAAAGAUGACGACUCUUGUGAAAACGUGAAGCGGGGCGACAGUCUUUGCGCUGGAGGUGACAUUGGCAUGUUUGAUGCCUGUAUGAAUAAGCUUCAAGCGUGGGGAGACGACUCACGGGAAAAUCUUGUCGAGGCCGCAAAAGCUUCCAAUGCGACUUGGAAGAUCGUGAACACGCACUAUUCUCCAUACAACCAUUACGCUCCCGGUCCUGCCAAGAAAUGGCGUGAGUUAUUGGAUGGUCUUGGCAUCCAGCUCUUCUUUUACGGUCACACCCACGGCGAAAAACAUGAUUAUGCAGCAUUCAAGACACACUUUAUCGAGAAUGGUGCAGCAGGUCAUUAUCCAUAUGGCUUUUUCUCGUUCAAUGUCUCUCCGACGUGGUUGAAAGUGAACUUUAACACUUUCGAUGAUAGCUGGUCAAUGACUAAAGAUGUGGAUGCGACGGUGGUCGGUGGAAUUGCAAUCAAACAUUGCUGGUACAUUCCUCAAAGUGGGGGACGAGGAAAAAGCUGUGAAGAUGUUGAAGCACAAUCGCUAGGCUUAGUCUAG